AUGGUUAUGCAUGACAUUGUACGUACUCAAUUUAAUCAAACUGAUGAUCGUUUAGAUUGUUUAAUACCAAUGGUAUUUACUAGAACUCCAGGGAUCAUCUUACUUAUAGGCAAGAAUGAAUCUCUUAGUAAGCCAUUUCUUGACAUGUUGACACAAGGAUCUUGUGGAGGAAAAUCAAUUAAAAUUAAACCGUAUGGUAUUUAUCAAUUGGACCACAAUGAUCGCAAUCUUACACAGUUUAAUAAACUUGAACUUCAAAGACGUUAUGAAAAUCAAUCAAGUAAUUUUUAUUAAAUUUUUUAUGGUGUUUUUUCUUCGCUCACUUAUCAGAUUAAGAAUUAAAAACAAGAAGUGAUACUGAAAUAGUAGUUUAUUUGGUCGUUAGUUUUCAUCUCUUGUUUCAAUUGAAAAUACAAAUAGAAUUUCCAGAGUAGUAUACUAAAACAGUAUGGUCGAAGUGCACCGGCAAUACGGAAUUAUGAUCGGAGCAUUAUUUCAAUAUAAAGACGCAUGUAAUAACAUCUCUAUGUAGCAUAGAGCGUAAUUUUUAUUAAGCAGUUUCCUUCGAGUCUCAUGUCUAUUAGUCUGUUAUAAUAAUGCUGAUAAUACUUCGACACUCUUAAGUCAAUCUAUUGAAUCAAGAUUCAGAGUCCUCAUCUUGACAAUAUAUCUUCUGACCAAAAUAAGUAACAUAUUUUAUUUUUUCGAUUAUUUCUUCAUAUCGUUCUCAUUUGAUCUCACAUUUAUACCACAGAUAUGUCUUUGAUUGCUAAAUAUACUCUGAAAAUUUCACUCGUAUUGGAUGAGAAUUCAUUGAGAAAUGUACAUAUAUAUCUCAUGUACUCAUGUAUUUGUGUGACAAAAAUUUACUGUUUUUUUUGCUCAUUUUUUUUUCUUUUCUAUUUUCAAUAAUAUCAAUCGUUAACGCAUCAAUUAAGCUUUCUAGAUUUUGUUUGCACUGUUACAGGCUUUUUGAAUAGACUCCUGCACAAAACACUUAGAAAAAAGUCUGUAAAAGUGGAUUCACUCAUCGAAGGUCAAUGUUAUUGAAAAUAGAAAGAAAAACAAUAAAAUCGAGCAAAAAAAAGCGAUUUUUUUCUUACACGAGUGAGACAUAUUUGUACAUUUCUCAAAAAAUUCUCCUUGUAUACGACUGAAAUUUUCAGAGUAUGUUAAGCAAUCAAAGGUAUAUCUGUGGUAUAAAUGUGAGAUCAAAUGACAAUGGUAUGGAGAAAUAAUCGAAAAAAAAGAUGUGUUAGUUAUUUUGGCCAGAAGAUAUGUGUAAUUCCAAGUCUUACAAUUUCCUUCAAAUCGUAUGGAAUUACAGCAUCUAUUUUCUUUCAUUUUAUUGCAGAAUCGUAGAGAAACAUUUCAGCUCUUAACUCAUAUAUUUAUAAUGAUUAGAAAUUACACAAUCAACUUUAAUCUCGAUCCUAAUCUUCCGAAUUGAGACUGGAAGUAAAAUUAGAAGUUUAUCGAGCCUAAAACUGAAAUCACCCAGAGUAGUCUUGAUCUUCUAAUUUUUAAUCAUGACUGUUAAUAUUUGCUAAAAACAAUUCAUCACAAUAGUAUUAAAUAAAAAUACAUUUAUAGGUGAUGGAUUCAUUAAUACAACGAUUACUUGGCUUAAUUGGAUGCCACAUAUACGAAUAUUAAAUGUCGAUAAUGAACUCUUGCUGCAGCUU